UCUACGCACAAGCAGCUGAGUGAGCAACUGCAGAGUCGCACUUACAUCCAUUUGACGGGAUAUUCUCCCUUAUUUAAAACCACAUUGACUUGUGUUCAGCUUUCCUUCAAUAUGUCCGAGCCUCUAGAGCUCAAAAUGUCCUUGGAGUUUUCACUGAAUCAGAUUUUUAAAGCGACUGUUAGCGACAUAAUGGAAUCAGUGGACAGGACGCUCUGCGAGUAUCGGGGAAAAAUACAGAGGAUCGAGUGCGAAAACGAAGGCCUGAAGCGGCUUUUGUUUUCUCAAAAUUGCGCUGAGACGCCCUCAGCAGUAGUUUUUACAGAAACCCCAGAUGGAGCAAGAAAAGAAGCUACUGAACAAAGUGUGGUGUUGGAUUGUGUAUCUGGACAAUCUAAGUUCAAAAUGUCCAUUUGCAGCAGUGACAAGAAGAGACGAAGGAAACAAAAAGCCACAAUGAGAGAGAACCAUUCACUGCUGUUCAAUUCACCUCCAACAAACGACACAACUAGAGAAAAAUGUCCAAGCCUGCCAGUAUUAAGGGUUACAUACCAGACAGGAAAAAACAAGGCAGAAUGUAAUUCAGAUCAAACAGGAGCAGUUGAUCUCUCAUAUUCUUCAUCAUUUAUGAAACCAAUUAAAAAAGAGAGGAUUGAUGACAGCUAUACAGCUGUAGACUCAUACACAUCUCUGCAGAUAUCACAAAUGAAAGAGGAGCCAGUCAGUGAUCACAGUGAAGCUGAUCUCAAUGAAAGUCAUGACUCUGGUUUGGCAACCGCUAACAAGGACUCUCUGAUAAAGGCAGAAAUAAACCCACAUGGUGCAGAGCUCCAACCUGAUCAACAUCAGGACUCAGACAUAGAAGUAGAUCCUGGGCUCAAUAAAGAGUUCAUGCCAUUGGAAGAGGAGCCAGAGGAGGGGGGUGAUUCUGAAGACUUUUUGGAUAUGCGUGAUAAUUUUUUGCGUUGUCCAGUUUGUCCUGAAACGUUCAGUCGUGCAGCAUUGCUCAACAUGCACCUGAAGUUACAUAAAGGUGAGAAGAUCCAUGGUUGUUCCUACUGUGGAAAGCGAUUUAGUCGUGCUGAGGUUCUGAAAGCCCACAAGAGGACUCACACUGGAGAGCGUCCAUACAGCUGUAACCUGUGUAGUAAAACCUAUGCCCACCCAAGCCAGCUGAGAGUGCACAAGCGCCUGCACACAGGUGAGAAGCCUUACACAUGCUCCUUCUGUGAUCGAAGCUUCACGGAGCACAACCAGCUCAAAGUGCAUGUGAGGACUCACACUGGGGAGCGGCCUUACGCCUGCAAAGACUGUGGCAAAACUUUUAGUAACGCAGGCAAUCUGCGCAUCCAUGAGAGGAUCCACACAGGAGAGAAGCCCUACUGUUGUGCUCAGUGUGGGAAGAGAUUCAAUGGUUUGGGGGACCUCAAGACUCACUACAGGAUCCACACCGGGGAGCGACCUUACACCUGUGAGCUGUGCAAAAAGACAUUCAGCCAGACCGGCCACCUUACUAUACACAUGAGAAUGCACACAGGAGAGCGUCCAUACAGCUGCAAUGAGUGUGGGAAGAGAUUCACUGUGGCCAGCAGUCUGAAGCUGCACCUGAGGACUCAUACAGGGGAGAAGGAGUACUCCUGCUCCUACUGCAGCAAGAGAUUCAGCCGUGCUGGCCACCUCAAGCGACAUGAGCUGGUCCACACCAAAGAGAGGGUGUACCUCUGCAGCCACUGUGGGAAGACCUACACUGACCAGUCCUCACUGAGAAAGCACCAGAAACUGCAUGAAGCCCAAGAACAGACUUCAGAGGGUACCAGCUGUGGGACUGAACCAAACAAUGUCAUGCUGGACUGAAAACGAUAAAAUACAAGACUUUUAAAGAGGACAUAGUUAUGUGUAAUCGUCAUAUAUCAGCUUUAACCACAGAUGUGUGGUGUGUUAAUGUGAGUUGACCUUGAUUUGUGGAAUUUAGGAUUGUUAAACAAAUUAUACCACUAACUUAAGAUGUUUUCCUUGUUCAUUGACUGUGUUGGUGACACAUCAAAGGACCUACAGUGAAAUAUGAUUGUAUGUAUUUUUGUUGUCAAAAAUACUGGAUGAUUGUAAUACUGUACCUGCUCAGAGGCACCCAGAAAGAUUUGCAGUUAUCAGUAAUUGCACAUGUUUGUAAUGUAUGUAAUACAGUGAUAUACACUGUAGACUACACAUAAAGUCACUUAGUUGGAAAUAUUGAUCAUAUUCUCCUGAACUUAUAAUGUUGUAUGGUCUUAAAUGUUACUGCCAGUAUAUUGGGCCCUAAAAACAGCAUAGACAAAACAGUGGCUCUUAAAAUGGGGUCCAGGCACCACGGUGACCCUGAUCAUUAUUUAAAUACUACAAUUUCUUAUUUUAUGCUAUCCCAAACAUAUUGUUCUUAAUGGGAACAGCUACAUCAAGAAAAUGAGGAUGCGAUUGUAUUUGGUUUUAUACAUGGUUUAAAAUUCUUGGAGGAUCUGUAGGGGGUCUUUAGGAUAUUUUAAUACAAGGGACCACUCCCUGGCCCCUAUGGGGCACUAGAGUUAGCUGUAAGGAGUAUAAAUCCCACCUAAAAAGAAAGAAUUGGCAGGGAAUUGGCACUAGUGUUCAAAUGUGCAAAGGCAUAUGAUUUUUGACUGUGCCUUUAGAGGUUCAUUGUGUUUUUGUGGCGAAGGUGAGCUAAAUAAAUACAUUUUAACU